AUGCCACGCCCUCUGAACGCCCUCUUCGCCGUGGUCCUGUUUGUACUCGCCCCAGCCUAUCUCUUCUACGUCACGCUGCGAUCCCCAGCCUCCACCCCAUCCACCGACGCGCACCUGUCCACCCCUUCCUCAGCAAACGCCAUCUGCCUAACCGUCGAGGGGUUUGCAGGCUGUCCAUAUUUCAUGGCUGCCGAAAAAGCCGCGAUAUCCGCCCAAGACGAAAAUCGAGUGCAACACGCGGUUGUGAACACCUGGGAUCGCGGCACCUGGCAGUCCACCCGCCGCGCCGCUUUACAGGCCAGUGUGCCCGGCGCCCAGUCGCAUAGGACUUCGCCUUUUGUUUGGAGACGAUCGUGUCAAAAGGUUAGCGGCAGUAGCGCUGAAACGAAUCCGGACGCGAAGGUCGCUGAGGGAUCGGUGGUGGAGUUUGCUGAACUGAGCAUUAUGGGGACGAUGUGGCGGGGGUACAUCGCUACCAACGUCAUGGCGGAAAAGGCUUCUGAAUUAGUAGACGCAGCUUCAGAACUCUCUGAAAGGCUGAAGUGGCCUUGUAGCGAAACCCCGUUUGACUAGCUGGUGGGCAUAUGGAGUGCAGAGUCAAUUGGAGAGUACGAUGUGACGGUAGCUACACAUAUCUAUCUACAUAGAAAGUGCGUGAUCUAUGUAUGCAUGGGACUAUAUACGACAAGGGGACGAAUGUACAAAAGUGCGGUCAAGAAAAGGUGUCCGAACAAGGAAGUGAUGGCAAAAGUUAUUUAGAAAUUCAAAGCUUGGCGCUUGUGGCCGACACAAGUGAUAGUUCUUGCAGAUCCUUCUUGAUGGUUUGCGCAACCAUGUAGGCCAGACUGUAGGUGGUGAUCAUUGGGCUAUGGAAAAGAACAGGGUCAAUCC